CUUCACUGCAACCCAUCUGAAAAAGCCUGGACACAACUCCUUCUUAGGAAUGAAUUUUAGUGGGAUUCGUGUCAACUAUAAAGAUCUCAAUCAUCCCUUUGUUUUUCCUUUUUAUUUGCUUCAUCGAUCUCUACUGUUGUGGGAUUUUAUUUGGAGGUGUUAUUACAGUGAUUGUGUGAAGAUGAUGAUGAGGUUAUUUAUUAAUAAAGGUUUUAUAGCAUAGGGGAGAGAACAGGUCAUGUGGCGGCUUGUAGUUUGUGUAGCAGGCAUAGGACGAUCAUUACUUUCUGUUGGAUCUGUGUCAUCACUCAUUAGUACUAUGCGAAGCAGGGGAGUUUUGCUUUUCAUUUUUCAUUUUUUAAAUUAAAUUAAAAAAUUAAUUGUUUUAUUAAUCACUUGAUAAUUUUUUUAUAUCUUUUUUUAUUAUUAUGGUCAUUUUUAAUUGUUGGGUGUGAAAUGAUUGAGGGGUUUCCAUGGUUUUCUUACUAGGAAGUCUAUUUUGGAUGUAUAUAUAACUUGCAGCAUUGACCCACUUUGGCUAGAGAGAAUAACAACACACACUCAGAGAGAGAGGAGCAAAUAUCAAAUAUGAUCAUGGCUAGAGGGUCAUCAUCAGUUCUAUCUGAUCUUCUAUUUCUUAUAAUAUAUAUCUGAGUUUUUCUUUCUGGGUUGGUUUUCAAUUUUCAUGGAAUCCCAUGUUUGCUUAUUGAGAGAAGCCUAAAGAAGGAGGUCUCCCUCACUUUGGCUUCUCCAUUUCAUCUUCUUCUUCUUCUUCUUCUUCAAUUUUCUCUCCAAACCCACCUCCAUUACAAGUCUUCUCUUCUUCCAGCAGCUGUUGCAGAAUCAACAUCACCUUCAACAAAAGCUAGGGAGUCAAGAGAGGCCAAUAUAAAGCUCAAAGAAACAAGAGAUAUUAUCUUUUAUGGUGUUUCAUGGCUCGAGAAUUCUGUGAAGAUAAAUCAAGGAACAUGGUGUCGUCAUCAUCACGAGGCUUUUGUUACUCAGAUGCUUCAUCAAAUAACCCAACAAUCCAAACCCAUCUCAGGAACCAGAUCCAAGGCUUUGAAACCAACCCAGAGAUCUUCAACUUGACCACAGGCAUGGAGAUGAUAGGGUUUACGAGGAAUCUGCAACAGCAACAAAGUGAGAGUAAUACAGCUGCUAUGUGGAAAGGUUUCUUUAACAAGCCAGGAACCAACAACUCCGCUGGUGGUCCUUCUUCCUCUAAGACGAUCAAUGAAUCCACCACUGAUUUUUAUCAACAUGAGUUCAACAAGCCGGACUUCCCAACUGGGAUUUCAGAGACAAGUAAUGAGAAUCUAGUAGUUGGACCUGACUCAUCAGCUCCAUGGCAGGAACAUAGGUUGCUUGUUGAUGACUCAUCUUUAAGGUGUGUGUUCCCUUGUGAAGCAAAUGAGAGGCCAAGUCAAGGUCUUUCGCUCUCUCUUUCUUCUAGCAAUCCUUCUAGUAUUGGAAUACAGUCUUUUGAACUCAGGCACACAAGUAAUCACCAGAAUCACGAUAAUCCACAAGAAGAAAUGAGGUUUAUAAAUUCAAGUUCUAGAGAUGGUUUCUUUGGCAAAUUAUCUGCUGCAAAUAUUCAACAACAGCAGAUGAUGCCUGAUGGGUUAUUGGCAAAAACGGCAAAUUUGCAUCACCAAGGGCAGUUCCAGAUUAGGAACUCAAGAUACUUGGGUCCUGCACAAGAGAUUUUGAACGAGUUCUGUAGCCUUGGGACAACGCAAACUGAUCAACCAAGGCCGAAGUCCCAUAAGCCUAAAGAAUGGGACGAUGAAAAUGGAAAUAGUAGUAGUAGUUCUUCAAGAAAACAAUCUCUUCACUCCCUUGAAUUCAUGGAAAUGCAGAAGAGAAAAACAAAGCUGCUUUCAAUGCUGGAAGAGUUAGAGAGAAGAUACAGGCACUACUGUGAUCAAAUGAAGGCCAUGGUCUCAUCGUUUGAAGCUGUGGCUGGUGCUGGAGCAGCUACGGUGUACUCAGCUUUAGCAUCAAAAGCCAUGUCGAGGCACUUCAGGUGUUUGAGAGAUGGGAUUGUGGCUCAAAUCCAUGCCACAAAGAAAGCCAUGGGAGAGAAAGAUCCGGUUGCACCAGGCACGACAAGAGGAGAAACUCCAAGGCUAAGGAUUAUUGAUCAAACUAUAAGGCAACAAAGGGCUAUUCAGCAAAUGACUCUGAUGGAAAGCCAUCCAUGGAGGCCACAAAGAGGCCUACCAGAAAGAUCUGUAUCUGUUCUUCGAGCUUGGCUAUUUGAGCAUUUUCUCCACCCGUACCCAAGUGACGUUGAUAAACAUAUCUUAGCCCGCCAAACAGGUCUCUCAAGAAGCCAGGUAUCUAAUUGGUUCAUCAAUGCAAGAGUGAGGCUGUGGAAACCAAUGGUUGAAGAAAUGUACUUAGAAGAAACAAAGGAGCAGGACAACAACAUGACUUCUUCUGAUGGAGUUACUGAUCUUGAAGACAAUGACGGCCGGCCUCUUCCAAAUCCUUCGUCGACCGAUCAGAAACCCACACCGGACCAACUCAUUCGUAUCAAUUCCGACUGUCUCUCUUCCAUUAUCUCGAACCCAGAUAGAAAUGAAACUUCAAAAGGCUCUAAAACUUUCCAAAACCAUCAUUUGCAUCCUCAACAGCAGAGUUUUGGAGCAUUUGGUGCAGUGGAAUUGGAUUUUUCAUCUUAUAAUCACCACACAGUUGGUGGGGUUUCAUAUGCUAAUGAUCACAGUGCUAAUCAGAACUUCAAUGGUGGAGUGUCAUUAACAUUAGGGUUGCAGCAGCAUGGAGAGAGUGGUGUGAGCUUAGCAUUUUCUCCUGCUUCUCAAAGUUCUCUAUUUUACCCUAGAGAUCACAUUGAUGAUUGUCCACCAGUUCAAUACUCUCUUCUAGAUGGAGAAGCACAGAAUUUACCUUACAGAAAUUUGAUGGGGGCUCAGUUGCUGCAUGACUUGGCUGGAUAAGAAGAAAGUGCUAGACUGCCGGAGGGCAGGUGGAGUUCUCGCCGGAGUUCUUGCCGAAGGAUGGUGAUGGUUGAUAAGUAGUUUAGGAAUAGAUAAAUACUCCAUACAUAUAUAUAUGUAUAUAUACAUAAAGCUACAGUUGGUAAAAAAUACUAUGGACAUUAGUUCCAUAGCUGGAAUAGUUUUGCAUCUUUUUUUUUCCCAUUUGAAAAAACAAAAACAUCUUUAUUUACUGUAGGCUGAUUUGGAAUUUGCAAGUGAUUGAUGAUGCAAGAUUAUACAAAUAUAUUUUUCUUUCCUCUAAAA